CCGAUUCUCGCUCACUGCUGUGGAGCCGCGGCAGGCGGGCCGGGUCGGCCCUUGGGAGACUGGUAUUUUGUCGGGCAGUAAGACCGAAGAUAACCCUAAUCAGAAAGGAUGGAGCUGGGAAAAGGAAAACUUCUCAGGACCGGGCUGAACGCAUUGCAUCAAGCAGUCCACCCAGUUCACGGCCUUGCCUGGACUGACGGGGAUCAGAUCAUCCUGACUGAUAUACAGCUUCACGCUGGAGAGGCCAAGUUUGGGGACUCAAAGGUCAUUGGACAGUUCGAACAUGUGUAUGGGGUGUCCUGGGCCCCACCUAGUACGGCUGACAUGCCCGCUCUGCUCGCUGUCCAGCACAAGAAGCAUGUCAUUGUGUGGCAGCUGUGUCCCAGCAUUACAGAGACAAGCAAAUGGCCGAUGUCUCCAACCUGUGAGAUUAGAAAAUCCUUCCCCAUCCUUCCCCAGGGCUGUGUGUGGCACCCAAAAAGUGCUGUCCUGGCUGUGUUGACUGCACAGGAUGUCUCCAUUUUCCACAAUGUUCACUGUGACAGUUCCUGGGUAAAAGCGACUAUCGACACCCAGGGCCUCAUUCACUGUGCGUGUUGGACCCAGGAUGGCCAGAGGCUGGUGGUGGCUGUAGGCAGCAGCCUGCACUCUUACAUUUGGGACAGUGCUCAGAAGACUCUUCACAGGUGCCCCUUCUACCCAGUGUUUGAUGUGGACAGCUGUGUGCGCUCCAUUGGAGCCACUGUUGAGUCACAGGUCGCCGUGGCCACUGAACUUCCACUAGAUAAGAUUUGUGGCUUAAGUGCAUCUGAAACCCUUGACGUUCUGCCUAGUGGUGAAGACACUUGUCUGUGUAGCUUACCACUUGAGGAAGGGCUCUUUGUGGAUAAGGAGGCAUUUGCUUCUGAAACGAAUUCUGAAACGUCAGUUUCUCCCUUUUCUUCCUCUUCAGAUCCUGUGGAUCUAACUCAUAUACAGUUCAGUAGAUCUGAGUCUGAGGGUAAUUCUCUUAUUUGUCUAAGAAAAAAGGACCACUUGACGGGAACUGGCCUGGAUUCUUCAUAUUUAGCCCUUGUGACCUUUGAGCAAGUGGUUACCCAGACCAGAAAAGUCGCUAUCCCAGGCAUUCUGGUUCCUGAUCUAAUAGCCUUUCAUCCUAAGGCACAGGUGGUGGCAGUGGCUUCCAAUACUUGUAAUAUAAUUUUUAUCUAUUCUGUCAAUCCAUCAUAUAUGCCAAACAUCCAGCAAGUUCAGUUAGAGAGUAGUGAAAGACCAAAAGGCAUAUGUUUCCUGACAGAUAAAUUAUUGUUAAUUUUGAUAGGAAAACAAAAAUCCACUGAUUCUGCAUUUCUUCCUUCUUCAAAGUCUGAUGAGUAUAUCAUUCAUCUGGUUGUUAGAGAAGUAAUGUUGGAGGAAGAGUGUCCAGUAGCACCGAGUGGAAACCAGAGUGGCUACUCUGCUUUCAGUACUCUGUUAAAUAAAGCAGAUAGAAAAAAGCUACUUGAAAGUCUUUCCCCAGAUUUUUGUCACCAAACCAGAGGGCUCUUGUUAACAGCUAAUGGCAGUAGGCAAAGUGGAAGGCCUGGAGGAAGCCUCGUUAAAGGAAUCAGAACUCCUCCAUCCAGUGUCUGUGGCAGCUCCAUAGCCCUGGAAACUCUGGGAGCUGAGCCUGUUAACUGGUCCGUGACACUGCCCAGACCCAGCAGCACACCAGAGCACACCAGCACCCCGGACCCGCCUCAUCCGCCUCAAAGAAGGAACUUAUCAAAGGACAAGGAAACUUAUCAGCUAUCUGAGGAACUGGAAAUUUUAUCUAGGAAACUCAUUGAAGUGCAGCGAUGUCUUUCUGAGCUCACAGACUUUCUACAUAAUGGAAAGAAAUCCACUCCAGUGUAUCCAUGCUCUCGGGAUCUGCCUUAUGUUCACAUCACUUACCAGAAAUUUUAUUAUGUAGGUCCUGUUGUUGAAAAAAGAGCUGUGCUCCUCUGCAAUGGCAAACUAAGGCUCAGUACAGUUCAGCAGACUUUUGGCCUCUCCCUGAUUGAAAUGCUGCACGACUCCCAAUGGAUCCUGCUCUGUGCUGACAGCGAAGGCUUCAUCCCAUUAACUUUCACAGCCACACAGGAAAUAAUCAUAAGAGAUGGCAGCCCCAGGUCCAAUGUCUUCAGAGACUCUCUGUCUCAGAGCCUUGAUCCUAGCCCUUCUCAUGAAGUCUUCAGAGACCAUACUGCCCAAAGUGUAGAUGCCACUGGCUGUUCUAACCACCUAGGCAGAAUGGCCUGAUGUUUGCGGACUAUCUGCGGCAUAGCUUUUUCAGAUGAAGCCAUUACGGACAAGCUCUGUUUUCCGCCGUGGCCUCUCCCCAGCUGGGAUUUGCACUGUCGCUCAGAGGUGAAGCACUUAGUUCGGUUGCUUCUCCCCCUUGCCGGGGCGGAGGCCCACGGCUCUGCAGCCAAGCUCAGUCUUUGUUCGAUCCCUCAGAAAGUGGCUAUUUACGUAUUCAUGACUGUGUGGUUUUGUCUAAGGGCAGAAUUCCCAGAACAAAACAAUAUUAUGGUGCCAUAUGGUUUGUGUUUUAUGGUUUCUCUGAGGCUUUCUGUCCCUUGCCCAAAACUGUUAUUAAAGCUGUCUUAGAAGCACUUAAAAGGUACCUCAGCGUUGUUACAGAUCUUUUUCUUGGCUUAAGGAUGAGGGUAAGGCGUGCUGGGGAACAGAUGCUCCCGCACAUCCUUUUUACCCCAAACCAGCAGUUCUCAGCAGAGCUCAGAGGGAGACAAAAAACCGGGUGACUUCUGCUCCCGGGGCUGGGCCUGCCAGGAUGUAAACCUAACCCGCCUGCUUCCUUAGAAAAUUCUGGCUGACAAAGGUCCAGAUACUCCUAGAAACUGGCCCUGGGCAAAUUUCAAAUGAGUCAAGUGCUCUGACCCCUCUGGGCCCCACCUGAGUGUGUGCUGAUGUUACUAGUACAGUGCCAAGCUCAGGUGAGGCCUGAGGCGGGAUUCCGUGCUGGUGCCGCUUCUGACCUUCUCCCUGAUAGGCUUUUUUUUUCAGUUUUGGGAUCAUAAGAAUGUCCUAUUUUUCUCCCACUAAUCAUCUUCCUUAAUUAAAUCAUCACUUUAAUUUUGAUAUUUUUCCUCCCAUUCAAGUCUCGGAGACCAGCAAAGAGUCUGUGAGAGAACGUAUUUCAGAAAGUUGGAAAUUUCACUGAAUCUGAGGUAGUUCUAAAAAGUACCAGUUUAUUAUAAUUAUGGGCCAAGGCACCAGCUUAGUAUAGUGGAGAGAGCCCUGAUUCCAGCUUCAGAGAGACACACCACUCCUCAUGGCCUUCACACACAAUCCUAAACUUCAGUUACUGCACAUGACGAAAUGAUCAGUGUGUGGCUCGUCAGAGCGCAUUUGCAGAUAAAUUGCUUCAGCCGGAGAAGCUCCAUGAGCACAUACGCAUCUUUUUUUCUCCCCUUUCCUUUAAAAUUAUCCGGAAAGAAAUAUUUUGUACCCUUGGGGACUCCCGUCUGUUAUGGUUUAUGAAGAUGGGACCGGGACAGGAAAGAAGCGAGGGCCCAUUUUGUGGUUCAAAUGCAUUAGAGAGCUGCUGGGAUAAUGGAAGUGGAGGCCGCGUGUCUGUCAUCAGUUGCCUGAGAGUGGUGGCUGAGGACAGUUUGAGGUCUGGCUCCAUUUGCAAAGGAAGUGUCUGGGUGGGAUGAGAGCACACUACUGUGAAUCCUAAAGAGGGGCCCUGGGGGACCCUGUAGUAAGAUCACUGUGGGCGCCUCAAGGUGGAUGUUGUAAUUGCCAUUUCGCUGGUCAGAAUGCUGUGAAUGAGUCUUCAAUAAAAUCACUAAUGGUUGUUGUGGCUGUU